CCGCCUCCUCCGCGUGCGGCGGCGGCAGGCGCAGCAUCCCUGAGACCGGGAGGCCGGGAACAAAGGCUUCGCGCCAGCUCCGGCGGUAUCACUUUGUCCCCAGCGGGGAUGGCGUCCCUCGGCUUAGGGGGGCUCAACGUCUCCCUCCGCAGGAAGAGCGUCUCGUCGCGCAACGCCGCGGUGGAAAGGCGGAACUUGAUUACGGUCUGCAGGUUUUCAGUCAAGACUCUGAUUGACCGUUCCUGUUUUGAGACUGUAGAUGACAAUUCCCCUGAAUUUAAUAAUUUUGCAGCAGUUCUAGAACAGAUUCUAAGUCAUCGGCUGAAAGGUCAGAUCACCUGGUUUGGCUAUGAAAGUCCUCGUAGUUUCUGGGACUACAUUCGAGUAGCUUGCCGAAAAGUCUCUCACAAUUGCAUCUGCAGUAUUGAGAACAUGGAGAAUGUCCCUUCUUCUAGAGCUAAGGGUCGAGCCUGGAUCAGAGUAGCACUUAUGGAAAAGCAUUUGUCUGAAUAUAUUUCCACAGCUCUGAGAGACGUCAAAACAACCAGGAGAUUUUAUGAAGAUGGAGCAGUUGUUCUUGGUGAAGAAGCAAAUAUGCUUGCUGGUAUGCUGUUGGGACUCAAUGCAAUUGAUUUCAGUUUUUGUCUGAAGGGUGAGAGACUGGAUGGCAGCUAUCCAGCUGUCAUAGAUUAUACGCCAUAUUUGAAGUUCAUCCCAAGUUCUGACAGCAUCAGCAGUGAUGAAGAAGAGCUAAGAACGCUGGGCAGUAGUAGCAGUGAAGGCAGCACUCCAGAGAACAUUGGCCCUCCUUUCAUCACAGAUGAAAACAGUUGGUACAACAAAUGCAAAAGGGUAGAACAGAAGUAUCGGCUUGCAUUGGAACAGAAGGGUUAUCUUGAAGAAUUGGUACAACUCAGAGAAAACCAGCUAUCUGAAUCUGUCUCACAGAAUAAACUGAUGUUACAAAGAAUUGAAGAUAUGGAUCUAGCCCAUAAAAUGGAGAAGGAACAGCUGGAAUAUAUCAUUGUGGAACUGCAAGACCAGUUGACUGUGUUAAAGAAUAAUGACUUGAGAUCAAGGCAAGAAUUAACUACUCACCUCACCAAUCAGUGGCCUUCCCCAGGAGCUCUGGAUGUCAAUGCUGUUGCCUUGGACACUCUGCUCUACAGAAAGCACAAUCAACAAUGGGAUGAAAAAAGUUUUCAAAGUCUGGAUCAACUGUCAGCAGAAGUUAGUCUUUCCCAGUCCUCUCUGGAUCCAGGUCACUCCCAGGAUGGGAAGCAGGAUGGAAUGAAUUUGUUAAAUGAAGGGAAAGAAGACACUCCAUCAUUGCUUGGUCUUUGUGGCUCUCUGACUUCAGUAGCAAGCUACAAAUCUCUCACAAGUCUGAAAUCAAGUGAAUAUCUUGCAAGUCCCACAACAGAGAUGACAAGUCCAGGCUUAACACCAUCUUGA